AUGCUCCACUGUAAUCGUUGGAUAUAUUUUAUUCUUUUGAUUAAUAUAAUCGAGCCAAUUUAUUCACUAACGCCUGCAUGUCCAUCUGGUAGCUAUCCAAACAAUCUUAUACCAGUAUUGAUAUGGACAAAAUAUUCGAAUCAAACAAUAAAAAUUUACCAUAUUGGUAGCAAUGAGCUGAAACAGGAAAAUUUGACUAAUUCCAGUUCGGAUGAAAUAUUUCUAAAUAGUGGAAUUCCAACAGCUUGUCCGAAACAUUGUACAUUCAAACUAUUUACGGAUAUACGAUUCAUUGAUGGGGUUGUACUGCAUGAAGACAAUAAAGAACGAACACCAUUAUCACCUGAAUAUGUCGAUAUCAAUGGACCUAAAGAACUUUUUUGCGCUCGAUCAUUCGGAGAUUGUGGAGCUAAAGCACCAAUAUAUCGAUAUAAGAAUAGGAAUCAGUUGAUUAAUAGAUAUGCGUAUUCUUUUCGUGCAUAUGAAUUGAUCAAGGGUUAUAUUCGAGAAUUUGAUCCGAUCUGUUAUGGAUGGAAAGAUAGUAAUGAUAAUGAAAUCACUGGAGACAAAGAUUCAACAGAUUGCUCACCGAUUCAAAAUGUAUCAAAUGGACAAGUAAUUUAUAAGCUAUCAGAAGCAUUAGAAAAUUCGGAGACAAUAACGAUGGGAAGCUUUGCAACAAUAAGUUGUAACGAAGGCUAUAAACGAUCGAUGCAAAAUCAAGUAGUAUGUGUCACUGGUACAUGGUAUCCAACGGAUAAGCUUGGUGAAUGUAUACCAAUUUUCACCGAAAUAUCAAAAAGCUGCUCUCCAUUACCACCACAUGAAAAUGGUUAUAUUUUAUACAGUGAACAUGGUAAUAACAGCUUUCCCAGUGGUACUUCGGCUUAUUUAAUAUGCGCUGAUCACUACUAUUCCACUUUUAAUAGACAAGCUCAAUGUCAUCAUGGUAAAUGGUCUAUCUUGAAAGUUGGAACUUGCCAACCAAUUAGUAAUACUACUUGUCCAUCACUUACAGCAGUGCAAAAUGGCAAGAUUAAAUAUCUGAUGGGUAGUGAAACGAAUAUAACGAUUGGAACGAUUGCUGAACUAGAGUGUUAUGAUGGAUAUGUUGUUAAUGGUUCCGAUGUAUUGAUAUGUGAACUACAGGGAUGGUCACCUGUUUCAUUUCUUGGAAGUUGUCAAAAGGAUAUCAAACGGAAUGAUCAAAAGGAAAAACGACAGUGUUUUUUCCAGAAGAGACCAUGCUUCACUGGUCAUCCAAUCAUUUCGAAUGGCCAGUUAACUUACUCGAAUGAACCAAAUUCGUUUGGAGCUUAUCCGUCCGAGACUGUUGCCGUUAUACGUUGCAAUACCGGUUACACUAUUUAUGGUGCGCUUUUGUCGACAUGCGAAGAUUCCAUUUGGAAACCACCAAACUUGGGAGUUUGUAUUCUUCCAUCAGCAAUUGCAUCAGUUCCACCUCGAAAUCCAUGCCUGUUUGGACUAAUAAGUCCACUAGGCGGUAUCAUUGUCUACAGUAAAGGUGGUGCAUUGGGUCCAUUUCCGUCUGGGACCUUAGCUACAUUGGAAUGCGCACACGGUAUUUCCUAUGGACCAUCGUUAUCAGCAUGUGACAAUGGUUCAUGGAUUCCUCCUGAAAUUGGUUUAUGUUCAUUGCCAUAUUUUGAAAAUUCCUCAGGUUCCGUUCUUGAAUUAGCUAGUUGUUUGAAUGAUUAUCCUGCACCAGAAAAUGGUAUCGUUGUAUAUUCAAAUAACGCCAUUCGACCAUAUCCGACAUUAACUAGAGCUAACAUACGGUGUAAUUCCGGAUAUAUACCAAUAGGUUCAAUGAUUGCUAUCUGUCAGAAUGGAAUAUGGUAUCCGCCGAUACCAACACAAUGUAUCCAGUUUGAUAGAACGUUUGCUAAAAGAUUGAAUAAUGCAAUAUUGAGCGCUGCGUUAGUUUCACCGCCACCAGGUGUUACCGUAGUAGGUAGCUGUGUUACUGAUAUAACACCGCCAACGAAUGGAUACAUUAGCUAUAGCAAUGGUUCGAGCAAGAGACCGUUUUCACCAGGAACCGUAGCAACCAUAAAUUGUGAUCAUGGCUUCAAGCCAGUCGGUACUACAUCAUUAACCUGUUUAAAUGGAAUUUGGUCACCUUUGGUAUUGGGACAAUGUGUUGAUAAUAGAUCAAGACUUUUCGGUGUACCUCUUGCUAGUACAAUAAGUGUAGCUAAAAUAGGACAAUGUCCUGCACUUCCAACACCCAUUAAUGGUCGAAUAUCAUAUUCGAAUGGUUCAGAAGUGGGACUAUUUCCUACCGGUACCACUGCUACCGUCAUUUGCAAUCCAAAUUAUGUCCCUCUUGGUUUAUCAUCUGCUGUCUGUAUCAAUGGUGUUUUUACGCCACUACUUUUAGUGCAGUGUGUACCGGAACCCGGAAAUGUUGAAAGUCUAUUAAAAGUUGAAGAGUUGCCUUGCGCACCCAUACCGAAACAGCUCAAUGGAGAUGUAACAUAUUCAGACAUUACCGCAACCGUAUAUGCUUCCAGAACAACGGCUAAUUUAAUAUGUAAUCUUGGUUUCGUUCCAGUUGGUCCGGUGGAAACAACCUGUAAGAAUGGACAAUGGCAACCAGUUUUAGGAUUCUGUCAGCAAGGCAUAAUUGGUUCAGAAAUACGUCAAAUUCCCAUUUCAAAACAAUGUCUGUUUGAGUUGCCUGCUAUAGCAAAUGGACAAAUCCGAUAUUCUACCGGAAAUAUACUACCACCGUAUGAGAGUGGAACAACAGCAACAUUAAUUUGCAAUAGUGGUAGUACACCAAUUGGAAGAAAAUUAUCAAUUUGCAUCAGAGGAUCAUGGAAUCCUGUGAUGUUAGGCCAAUGUCCAGUGAAUGAUAAUAGCAAAAAUCUUCUAAUCACUGGAUUGAAACAAGCUGCAUUACUACUGUUCGACUGUCCUGCUUCACCACCUGUUUCUAAUGGAAAGGUGUACUACAGUAAAAUGAAUAAAAAUAAUAAAUAUGCAAUCAAUAUAGUGGCAAAUUUGAUUUGUGAUGAUGGUUAUCAAGUAUUGGGACGAUCAACAUCCUAUUGUCAAGGUGGCAUUUGGUCACCUUGGCCUGGUGUAGGUAGUUGUCAACCUUCUGCACCAGAACAACAACAGUAUACCGUAAAUAGAGUUAAACCAGUGGAUGCAUGUUCUGAAAUAACCAUUGCAUUUGGAAAUGGAAUGAUAAUAUAUGAAAGUAAUGAUAAUAUGAAGUGGUAUAAUAAUGGUGCUAGCGCAAAAUUGCAAUGUAACACUGGCUACGAAAUUAAUGGUAAGCAAGUUACAUACUGUCGGAAUGGCCUUUGGUUACCAUCGAUUGGAAAUUGUCAACAUGGAGUUGGCAUUAAAACUGAUGUUUCCUGUGAACCAAUCAAUUCUCCAUUAAAUGGAAAGGUUUAUUAUAUUUACACUGAUUAUAUAAAAGAUUAUCAAAUGGGUACAAAAGCGAUAUUAAACUGUAAUAAAGGAUAUCGGGCACAAGGUGAAACAAUAUUGAUAUGUAAUGAGAAUGUAUGGAAACCAAAUGACGGUUUUGGAAUUUGCAUUCCUGCAGGUGAUAGUUCCGCAACAACUCGUAAUAAUAGCAAUUAUUUGUGA